GCACGCACACGCACGGGUUCACGCGCGCUGCUCUCACGCUCGUGCCCAGGACUCUCCGUUUUUACAUUUGUCUCUUUUCACGCUGAGCUGAUGCGCACGGGGCCAGAGUGAAGAUGCUGCGCGGAAUACCGGUGCUGUUGUUGCUGUGGGCUGCAGACCUGAACAGAGCCUAUGUGUUCCAGGCCAGUCGCCCGUCAGAGGGAGGAGACAACCCCCCCCAGACCAAAGUGGUGUCAGAGUGGGUCAGCUCCUCUGGCUCCUGUCUGGGCAGAUGUUUCGAGUUGGAGGAGGCCAAACCUCCUGGGUGCAGAUGUGAUAACUUGUGUAAGACGUACCAGAGCUGCUGCAGCGACUUCGACGACCACUGCCUCAAAACAGCGGGAGGGUUUGAGUGCUCGGAGGACAGAUGUGGAGAGGAGAGGAACGAGAACCACGCCUGCCACUGCUCAGAAGACUGUUUAGAGCAAGGAGACUGCUGCUCGAACUACAAGUCCACAUGUAAAGGUGAGACCUCAUGGGUGCACGAGGAGUGUACGGAGAUCAGGACGCCCGAGUGUCCAGCAGGGUUCAUCCGGCCUCCUCUCAUCAUGCUCUCUGUGGACGGCUUCAGAGCCUCGUAUCUGAAGAAAGGACGCUCGGUCAUCCCCAACCUGCACAAACUCAGGGAGUGUGGGACGUCCUCUGUCUACAUGAGGCCUGUGUAUCCGUCUAAAACCUUCCCAAACCUCUACUCCCUGGCCACGGGCUUGUACCCGGAGUCCCAUGGCAUUGUGGGAAACACGAUGCACGACCCUGUGUUCAACGCCACGUUCACCCUGAGAGGACGAGAGAAGCUCAACCAUCGCUGGUGGGGAGGGCAACCGAUCUGGAUCACAGCAGAGAAACAGGGAGUGAAGGCCGCCUCCUUCUUCUGGCCUUGGGUCAUUCCUCUGGAGAGAAGGAUACUGACCAUCCUCAACUGGCUGCACCUGCCGGACGACGUCAGGCCUUAUGUGUACGCCGUUCACUCGGAGCAGCCGGACACAUUUGGACACAGACUGGGACCUCUCAGCAGCGAGCUGGACAACCCUCUGCGUGAGAUCGAUAACGUCAUUGGUCAGCUCAUGAACGGACUCAAACAGAUGAACCUUCAUCGCUGCGUCAACGUCAUCAUCGUCGGGGACCACGGGAUGGAGGAGGCUCACUGCGACCGCACAGAGUUCCUGAUCUCGUAUCCUCUGAACAUCGACGAGAUCAACCUCAUCCCAGGAUCACUGGGACGGAUACGACCCAGAGACCCCAAGUCUCCUACAUAUGACCCUCGCGUGGUGGUGGCUAACCUCACAUGUAAAAUGCCCACGCAGCAUUUUAAACCCUACCUGAAGCAACAUCUACCCAAACGACUGCACUACGCCAACAACAGGCGGAUCGAGGACGUGCACCUGCUCAUGGAGAGGAAGUGGCACGUCGCAAAGAAAAUGCGAGAAAUGGAACGUCUGAGGAGAGGCUGUUUUUUCAACGGAGACCACGGCUUUGACAACAAGAUCAACAGCAUGAGGACGAUCUUCAUCGGUCACGGGCCGAGCUUUAAAUUUCAGAAAAUGGUCCCAGAGUUUGAGAACAUCGAGCUCUACAACGUCAUGUGUGAUCUGUUGGACCUGACUCCGGCCCCAAACAACGGCACGUACGGCAGCCUCAAUGACAUGUUACGCAACCCACCCUUUAGCCCCGCCCAGCCACAGGAAGUGACAUUUCCGACCCCGCCCCUUGACUCUGAUGCCAUAGCGAAUUACGAUCUGGGCUGCAACUGUGACGAUGAGAACAAAGUGGAGGACACCAUCACCCCCUUCAGUCCACCAGAUGAGCUGUACGCCUACAACACGUCUCAUGUGCCGUUCGGGCGUCCGGCCGUGCUCUUCCACACUCACUACUCUCUUCUUCAUCACGUGGAGUUCAUCAGUGGAUACAGCAGAGAGCUGGCCCUGCCUCUGUGGGCGUCCUACACCAUCCCUGCCCAGGGGGACAUGUCUGCCUCUGCCCCCUCGUCUCCUCACACGUGUCUCAGAGCAGACCCUCGAGUGUCUCCAGUUCACAGUCAGAGCUGCAGCGUUUAUCACCAACACCAACAACUCAGCUACGGCUUCCUCUUCCCGCCAGAAUUAGCGUCUUCUGCAGAGUCCAGAUUUGAUGCUUCUCUCAUCACAAACACAGUCCCCAUGUUCCCCGCCUUUAAGAGAGUGUGGGGUUACCUGCAGGGGGUGCUCUUCAGGAGAUACGCAGAAGAAAACAACGGCGUGAACGUUUUGGUGGGACCCAUUUUUGACCAUAACCACGACGGCCUCAGGGACACGCUGGAGCAGAUCAGAGAGUACACUCCCGAGGCCCCGCCCCUCCCCAGUCACAUGUUCUCUGUGGUCUCCAGCUGUGCAGAGUUUAACACGACUGUGGACCAGUGUGAAGAGCAGAUAGAACUGUUCUCCUUCAUCAUCCCCGUCAGAGAGGACAACACAGAGGCCUGUAAUAGUGGCGAGCCGGAGUCUCAGUGGGUGGAGGACAUCCUGCAGAUGCACACGGCUCGCGUGAGGGACAUUGAGAUCCUGACGGGUCUGGACCUGUUCAGAUCCACAAACCUGACCCAGGUCCAGGUCCUGAGACUGAAGACCCGCAUGCACACCUUCGAACCCGACGACUGAACACACAUAUUUAAACUACAAAUGUAA